AGAUAGCAGACGAGGAGGGUUAACCCAAUUCGCACAAGUUGAAGGUGUUCCCUCCAUCCCUGGUGGCUGCCAAGAAAAUGGAGUUUAGCUAGGAGGAACUUUACACUGGCCACACCAUGAAUCGUCUACAAUGUGAGAAGGAAUACAGGUCCACCGUUGCAGCUUAGCAAGUCACGCCCAGAAGAGGAGAACCCAUCUAAUCAUGGAUUUUAAUGAGACCUUCUCCGAUCUGGAGGACCUGGUUCCUCUCAACUGCUCUUUCCUUCUGUACAAUGGCACAGACAACUUCAGUGAGGAAAACUGCAGCCGGAGUCUGUUCACUGGCGAGGAGGCCGGGCUGAACACUAUUCUAGUCGUCAUCACUCAGAUGUUUUACGCCAUCACCUGCAUUGCAGGUCUGUGUGGCAAUACAUUGGUUAUCUACGUCGUGACGAGGUUCUCCAAGAUGCAAACAGUAACCAAUCUUUACAUUCUAAAUCUGGCAAUUGCUGAUGAGCUCUUUGUCAUCGGCAUACCAUUCCUCAUGACCACUUCUAUGUUAGGCCACUGGCCUUUUGGAUCUAUCAUGUGCAAGUUGUACAUGAUUACGACGUCUCUGAACCAAUUCACCAGCUCGCUUUUCUUAACGGUUAUGAGCGCUGACCGGUACAUAGCAGUCUGCCAUCCGAUAAGUUCGCCAAAGUUUCGAACGCCGAUGAUUUCAAAACUUGUAUCACUGACUGCUUGGACGCUCUCAGCCUUGAUGAUCGUUCCCGUCUUCAUGUAUUCGAACACCCUCGAGGACAACGGACUCGACAACUGCAACAUGUUUUGGCCCGAAGGUAACGAUGGUCUCAGAAGCGAAGUGGCUUUCAUCCACUAUUCCUUCGCCCUAGCUUUUGGAAUCCCAGUCUUCUUCAUCCUCAUCUUCUAUAGCUUAGUCCUUCACAAACUGAGGUCAGUUGGACCCAAAACCAAGUCCAAAGAGAAGAAGAAGUCGCGACAAAAGGUGACACGGAUGGUGUUGACGGUCAUCACAGUCUACGUCAUAUGCUGGCUUCCGUACUGGGUGCUACAGCUCAGCUUGAUAGUCAGCACACCCAGACAGCUACAUAAACCUUUCAUGGUGGUUCUUUUCAUGUUCUCUUCAUGCCUCUCCUACAUCAACUCGGCUCUCAACCCCAUCUUGUACGCUUUCCUGAGUGAGAACUUCAAGAAGAGCUUCAUGAAGGCUUGUACCUGCGCCACCAAGAGGGAGGUGAACCAAGCCUUGCGUCCGGAGAACUCGAUGUUCCCGCUCCGCCAGAGAGGACCUUCUUCUAGAAUAAGAACUCACAUCAGGGACAGGGAAUCCAAUGAGGGCACCACUUCCCAAGGGGGCAUGAGCAAAGAACAAUCCACCGCCAUGACGACCACCAGCGCAAAGGUCAUUUCACAUGCUGACGAACACUCCAUCAGAAAUGGGAGGUCCCCCGGUCCGCGGCUACCUGACCUAAUUCAAUGAGAUGAGGAGGAGGCACCUACACUGGUUACUUCUUUAUAACUGUGAAGGUGCCUGCGGGAGCUACGAGCUAGCAACCGGUCGUAUUGAUUUCCAUAAACACGGGAUUCAGUAACAAUAUAUAUAUAUAAACAUAUAUAUAUAUAU